ACCAACUACUCACAUCACACGACUAUAAAACCCAGAAACGACGAAGAAUCAUCAACCUGCUCUCUUUGGACAUCUGAUUGUGAGAUUAUUGAUUAAAAGGUGGUGAACAAGAAACUGAAGAGAACAAGGGGCUCUCACAGUCACUGGACAUUUUACUGAAUAAAUAAACUCUGUGAAGGCUUGACUUUCAUCUACUGAGUGCUCAGCAGCAUCGUAGUGAUUGGACUGAGAUUAUUGUAAGGAACAUUUCUCUUACAUUGAGAGCACAUUCAAGUGUCUUUCAGCAGCCAUGGCUUCAACAGGUCUUCAGCUGCUGGGCUUGGUGUUGGCGGUGCUGGGUUGGGUUUGCGGGGCGUUGGUGUGUGCGGCUCCUCUGUGGCGUGUUUCCGCCUUCGUGGGGGGAGAGCUGGUGAUUGCCCAGGUGGUGUGGGAGGGACUGUGGAUGAACUGCCUGUCUCAGACCACAGGCCAGAUCCAGUGCAAGACCUAUGACUCCACCCUGGCCCUUCCUGUGACUGCCCAAGCCGCCCGGGGCCUCACUGUUCUCUCCCUGCUCCUCUGCCUCCUGGCCCUCAUGCUCGGGGUGGCGGGGGCCAAGUGCACUCACUGCAUGGGUGAUGGUAACCAGGCCUCCAAGGUUCGGGUGGGCAGGAUAGCAGGGGUGCUCUUCCUGGUGGCUGGCUUGGCGUUCAUGAUACCCAUCUGUUGGACCGCCCAUGCAACUAUCCGGGACUUCUAUGAUCCCAAUAUCGCAGCGCCUUAUAAGAGAGAGCUGGGCCCAGCGCUGUACCUGGGCUGGGGGGCCGGCCUGCUGCUCAUGGUGGGGGGCUUUCUGCUGCAUUUGGGGUCCUCUCAGCAAAGCAGAGGAAGACUGCCUACUUUUGCUGGAGUGCUGAAAGACAACCCAGGUACAGGUGCAGACGGAGAGGGGAAGCCACAGGAAAAAUCUUUUGUAUGAGAUGAUUUUAUUGGACAAGAGAGAUACAAACGCACACAGAGGUCGCAACCUUGUCACACAAGCUUCAGAAAAUCACAAGGUCACCAUCUAUUGGAGGGUAUUCAGCCUACAGCCUUUUAUUUCUUAUAAAGCGGUUAAAGGAUUGUAUUUUAUGUUGAAUUUCAUUAGUCAUUGGUAAAUGAUAGUUUGACAUGUAUUCAUUUAUUUACAUGAUACAAAACAAAGGGUUUGUAGUAGAAUUUACAUUAUUUAACAGCUUUCUCCCAGAGUAGGAGUUGACAUGCAUUGUGGGAGUAUUUAAAUGUUUUGAGCCUUACUAAUGUGUGUGACUCACAUUUCUCAAAUUCCACUCUGCCUCUGCCUAUGUGUGUGCGUGUGUGUGUGCGUGUGCGUGUGCGUGUGCGUGUGCGUGUGCGUGUGCGUGUGUGUGUGUGUGUGUGUGUUGUGUAUGUGUGGGUGGUCUGUGUACAGAAGGCCAGUGUACAGUAUAUCUGUGUAUGCUGGUGUGUUUACUGAAAAUAUGUGAGGGGAAUUAUUGUUUAUUUUCUUAUUAUGAAUGUUUCUGAGCAUUUGGCAUUUCUGAGCAAAUGUUUUUUAUUUAAAUGUAUUUUAUUGUUUUAUUUUAUAUUAAUUUUAACUGGGUUUUGUAUAUGUAUUUCUACAGUACUCUCUGAUUGAUAUCGAGUACAACACAGCAAUUUUCCCCUACGUUUUUAAAGCUUUUUUUUUAAAACUGACAAUUCUAAAUAAUCAUCAAAUUGUUUGUAAUAUUAUACAGCAGUAGUAGUUGUGUUCCUUUAGUUUACUGGAAAAUGCAUUGCUUAUCUAAUGUUUUAAUUUCUGACUUGAUGUAGUUUACUAAAAUUACCAUUACUGUAUAGCCAAUGCCAUGUCUUACAUAUAUUUCAGAGAUGUAGCAAUUCUUAUAAUGUUUACAGCUUCUCCCACUGUACAGUUGUCAUAAUAAUUAUUCAGUACAUGCACAUAAGUGGGAAAUUGCAUUUUCCAGACUUAUUCUUUGUAUUGACGGUGGUUUGUAUAAUUUAUAACUACGGAAUAGUUGGCCAUGGGGAAAAACGCAUUAAGAUGCAAAAUAGGAUCCAAAUUUUCCUUUGAAAUUAUAUUUGUGCAAAUUGUCACUCUGCCUGAAGUGAUCAGAUUAUAAAAAAGAAAAAAGCAGCACAUGAGUAAUUUAUAUUUACUAUAAAUAUCUGCUGGGCUAAUCCAAAUUUAUGGUGGUCCUACUUUGGUCCACGGUCGCCCACUUUAUGCAGCCUGGUCAAAAACAACGAAUGAGCAUACUGUAUGCAGGUCCGUUUUGGGUCCAGGCUUUUGGAAAUAAGCAAUGUCUACAUUCUCACUCCAAUCCGACAUGUAUUCAAAUGGAAAACCAUUAUGAUUAUACCCAAACAAGAGCCCAAAUCAUUAUUUUACCUUCAUGUGCUGUAACAGCAGAUAUAGUACACUAGGAAGCAGUAAACACACAGUAACUGAAGUGCACUCUUGCAUGAACAGCCGUUGACAAGACGAUGUAAACACUAGUAGGCCUACAUACUCCUACCAAGUAUACAAUAGAAAGCAAGUCGGAGAGACCAAUAUGGAUGCUAGUUUGCAGCUUUUAUCAACCUCUUGUCUGUGAUAUUUGAUAUACAAUUAAUAGUAUGCCAGUUUGUCUUUCUGCUAAAAUAUGUUGCUGUGAUUAUUAAAAUGUUUGA